GAACAUUUAGAACUUCUCAGACUAGUGUUGGCCUCUGCGGACUAGUGGGAUUGUUCAUAUGAUUUUAAUUGCUUGAAAAUUGUUUUUGACCACCAUUCAAUUUGUUAAAACACAGCGAUCCAUCCAUCCGUCCUUAGGUUCCUUGUUUGUUGGUGUCGUCUGUGUACUUCAGUCUCUCUUGAAUACACACUUACUCCUUACUCCUUAGUAGUUCAAGGAGUAGUUGGCCUACAUAUUGAUUCCCUCUCUCCCUCUCUCGCCACGUACCGGUCAGCAACGUCAGAGAUACCGGCGACAACCCACAUCAAGGGACUGGUCAAACCUGUUCAGGAUUCACCACCCUUACCGCCAGUAACCCCACCACCAGUUCCCCGUGCCCAGCCCCCACCUAGAUUACCACAUACGCACACCUUACUGAAAACCCACCAUUGUACAACGUAGAUCUCAAACCUGCUCCUCUUGUUGGCGGAAUCUCCAUCCAUCCAUCCAUCCCUCCUUUCUCGCUUCCCGGGUCAGGCUGAGAGAUUCUAGCCUUGAUCCUUGACCCUCUCUAAGGGCAACCUCCCAAAACCUUCGAGCUGGGACGGCAUUCGUUGGCAUUGAUGAGCCCCUGGCACCCUACUACGGCAUUAGUCCAUCCGUGCCAUCCGCGAUCAACUGAUUACACGCAGCUCAUGGAAACCGUCCAAGCAUGAGCCCGUCGACGCCCCCCGCCCCAUACUGGCCAUGGGCUGGCCUGUCGUUGGGAAACCCCUCGCUGCAGCUCUGGGUGUGCUAGGCACGCUCUCAGCCGGUUACGGGUUUCGUCAAUACUCGCCCUGGGAAUUGCGACGCGUAGAAGGCCCGUCCAUGCGACCCACAUUUAACCCGAUUGGCUAUUCCGUGUCCGAUAUCGUUUUCUGUCGACAGAUUCGAGCGCCCGUCGACCCACCGCCCCUGUGCGGCCAAGUCGUUAUUUGCCGUGAUCCCAACCCCCAUCGGACUCCCAACGGCUGGCUCAUCAAGCGCGUGAAAGGCGGUCCCGGUGAUUGGGUAAAACUACGCGACGGACGCCCGUUCCGCGUACCCGAGGAUCACUAUUGGCUGGCCAGCGACGGCGGAGUCGGACUGUAUCGGGAUUCAGAUGUGUUUGGACCGGUACGCCGAGAGUUGAUCGUGAGCCGCGUGAUGUUCAUCGUAUUCCCAGGCACCCGUUGGUCGCGUGUGGCAUGAGUCAGGCCGUGAAACGCGGGCUCAAGUUGAUCCUGGGUGCCGAUGCCCUAGUCGAGUCAACUUGGCGUACCACACGCCGAGUGGUCCGGGUCAGUUUGAAUGUGAUCGGCUUUUCGGUGUCAAGUGUGUGUGUGGCCAAUACGUUCUUCAACGUGGUGGGAUACCCGGCUAGCAUUAGUGGUGGGUCUAUGCGACCGUGUCUGAACCAUACCUCGCAUUAUCCAACAUUGGAUUGGCUGCGUUUAAAUUUGGAUUGGGUGUUUGUGAAUGUUUGGUCCGCGCGUCAUUGGAAUCAAUUCGAGAGAGGUGAUAUCGUCGUCUUCUUGUCACCCAAAGAUCCCAACGAUUUUGUGAUCAAGCGUUUAAUCGCAUUUGAAGGGGACGUCAUCUUGAGACCCGAGGGGGAGUUGGAAGUGCCAAAAGGGCACAUUUGGGUGGAGGGCGAUAACUCGCGCAAUAGUAUCGAUUCCAAGCAUUACGGACCCGUUCCCUUGGGUCUAGUGUUCGCCAAGGCCACUCACGUGAUUUGGCCACCUCAAAAUUGGAAAAAAAUCCAACCGUCCUUGGAAAAUCACGUAGACAAAGACAUUCGUGAAAUCGAUUCUGGGCACUGCAUGAUAAUUUCUCAUUUGUAG